ACUCCCUCUUAUCUCUUCUGGGUCAGUGAAGACUAUGGAAAGACAUUCCAGGACAUCACCGACCUCAUUAACAACACCUUCAUACAGACAGAUUUUGGCAUGGCAAUUGGUCCCGAAAAUUCAGGGAAGGUGAUACUCACAGGUGAUCUAACCGAGGGGAGAGUUACCAAAAUUUUCAGUUCGGUUGAUUUUGGCAACAGCUUUGUGACCUCUGAGCUUCCCUUCCAUCCGUUAAUGCAGAUCACAUACAACACCAGAGACAGCAACAUACUCAUGGUCAACAGCAUCAGUUAUGACUUAUGGCUGUCUGAAGAAUUUGGGGCCAGCUGGAGGAAGAUCCAUGAGACUGUGUGUCUUAUGAAAUGUGUGGGAGGUGCAGUUUAUGUGCUUUCUCCAGACGUGUAUGUGUCUGAUGAUGGGGGUUACACAUGGUUUCAGGCACUGAAAGGCCCCCAUCACUACGCCAUACUGGAUUCAGGAGGACUGCUAGUAGCGGUAGAGCACAACCCCUCACGACCCAUUUCACAGAUCAAAUUUUCCACUGAUGAAGGUCAGUGUUGGCAUGUGCAUAACUUCACCGAUGAUCCAAUGCACUUCACUGGGCUGGCAUCAGAACCUGGUGCCCGUUCCAUGAAUAUCAGCCUUUGGGGCUACAGGGAAACUGUCCUGAAUCAGUACUGGGUUUCUGUCACUGUAGAUUUCAGGCAGUUGCUCUCUAGAGUCUGUCAGGAGAAUGACUACAUCCAGUGGCUCGCUCACUCAAGCGAUAUUAGCGACCCCACUGAUGGGUGCAUGCUGGGAUACAAGGAAAGGUUUUUACGGUUACGAAAGGACUCAGUCUGCUGGAACGGGUGGGAUUUCAUUGUCACUAAGGAGCCCACGACUUGUCCCUGCACCCUCACUGACUUUCAGUGUGACUUUGGAUUCUAUCAUGCGGAAAACAGCUCUGUGUGUGUGGAGCAGCUCGAACUUAUUGGCCAUUCACUGGAGUUCUGCCUGCACGGACGCAAAGAGCAGCUCCAGACCAGCGGGUAACAAAUCACUCUCUAUUUCCA